CCACCUCCAAUUCUCAACCGAUUUCCCCACCGCCACGUAACGUGAAUAUCCAGGUGUCUACGAUCAGGCUCUACGAGUACUACCAUGGCCAGCUUUCUUUCCCGCACCAGCGCUGCGCUUCUGCUCGCUGUCGCGCUGAUCUCCCAGCUGCCCACCUCGACCCGCGCAGUCCCGGUGGCCCAAUUGGUGGCUCAGCUUAAGGACGUGGACGUCCAAGAAAGCCUCGUGGCGCGUCUCUUCGCGCUGGACGGCACCAAGGACAUCUCCGGUGUGACCAUUCUCAUCGCGCGGUCAGACGUCAUCAGUUCGGCGGCCCCUAGCUACGCUGCGCAGGACAAUUCGACGCGCAAAUACAACCAGGCGGUGUACGACGCGCUCAAAGCCAUGAACGAGGCGUCAAGGGCAAGCGAUAGCGGGUGGUCCACGGCCCUCCAGGGCGUCCCUCCUAACGUCGCCGGCACGCUGACGGACAUCUGGAAGUUUCAGAUCGUCAAGGAGUAUAUCCCGCCCGCCGUCGCCACCAAAAAGUACUCUAACGGAGGCCCCUGGGAGCUCCCCUCACUCGAGGGGCAGCCGCUGUGGCUGUCGUCCACUGGCGGGAUUUGGAGCGUGUCGGGCAUGUCGCCUCAGCAGCUGGCCAACACGCCGGUCCCGAAAGGUCGCUCCGGCCUUCCCAUGCUUGACGGCAGCCCCUUCGCGUUUAGUCCGCUGACCGCUGCAGACAGCGUGCUGGAUAUUCCGAAUGAGGUCGCUGUUUAUAAGAGCAAUGCGGUGCUCUUGCCGUACAACAUGGAUGCCCUUAGCGCGUAUGCGGGAGCUACUGCCUCCAUCUUCCACCUGCUGGCCUUGCUUGGCCUGGCGCUCGUUACACUCCUGCUGGUGUAACCGUAACAUGUUCUGGUGUACAGUCAUGCUAGCACGAGUACGAGACGUGCCUUGUUCUGGUGUACAGUCAUGCUAGCACGAGUACGAGACGUGCCUUGUUCUGGUGUACAGAGUCAUGCUAGCACGAGUACGAGACGUGCCUUGUUGCCAUGGCACGCUGAGGGAGCGUGCUGCUGUAUUGUGCAAGCUUUGCUGUGGUGCGUGAAUGCUGUUGGUAGAUAGGAUGAUGUGAGGCUGUGGUAGGUGGAACAGGGGUGUGUUGUUGUGUGGGGAUUAGAUCUGAGCAAGCGCACAGCAUGCGGCACUACUAGGCCUCCAAAUGUGCGACCGACUGAGGGGGCAACAGGGGUGUGUUGUGGUACAGACUCCUAAUAAGGCCAUGUGUAUAACAGCUCUGGGGCUGUUAGUAGGAGUAGAGAUUUGAGAGAUCCUUGAAGAAAGAGUGCUAGCUUAAUCACUAGAUCAUAUGAUAGCUUCCAACAAAGAAGAGAGCACACUUAUACUAGGAAAUCUUUUCUUGGCAUCUUGAUACUCCUAAAGGCGCCUAGAUAAGGUCGCCCGUGGCGCCUUGGCAU